AAUAUCAAUCAUGGCUGGAGUUGAAGAGCAGGAAAAGCUAUUAGAAGAUGCAAUAGGAGUUGUUAAAGUGCAAGCUUUGCAGAUGAAACAUUGCUUGGAUAAAGCUAAGCUAAUGGAUGCUUUGAAACACGCUUCGACAAUGUUAGGUGAAUUACGAACAUCUUUAUUGAGUCCUAAGAGUUAUUAUGAGCUUUACAUGGCCAUCACCGACGAGCUUCGACAUUUGGAACUUUAUUUAUUAGAUGAAUUUCAAAAAGGACGUAAGGUAGCAGACUUGUACGAAUUAGUACAAUAUGCAGGAAAUAUUGUCCCAAGAUUGUAUUUACUAAUAACAGUUGGUAUAGUUUACAUUAAAGCUAAUCCAUGUUUGAAAAGAGAUCUUUUAAGAGAUAUGGUUGAAAUGUGCCGUGGAGUCCAGCAUCCGCUAAGAGGCCUAUUCCUGAGAAAUUAUUUGCUUCAGUGCACAAGAAACAUUCUACCCGAUAAUUUGGAGGACAGCAACACGGACGAAGGAACGGUUCGAGAUAGUAUUGACUUUAUCUUGAUGAAUUUUGCAGAAAUGAAUAAAUUAUGGGUUCGGAUGCAGCAUCAAGGUCAUAGUCGUGAGAGGGAGAGAAGAGAACGAGAGAGGGAAGAAUUGAGAAUACUGGUUGGAACUAAUUUAGUUCGACUUAGCCAAUUAGAAUCGGUUACAUUGGAUAAGUAUACAAAGCUUGUAUUGCCAGGAAUAUUAGAACAGGUCGUAAGCUGUAGAGACGCGAUCGCUCAAGAAUACCUAAUGGAAUGCAUAAUUCAAGUCUUCCCGGACGAAUUCCAUUUACAAACGUUAAAUGCAUUCCUUAAGUCUUGCGCGGAGCUCCAAAGCGGCGUAAACAUAAAGAAUAUAAUAAUUUCAUUGAUAGAUCGUUUGGCUGCUUUUAGUCAGAGAUCCGAUGGCGUGGGCGGUCCAGGAAGUCCCAAUCAGUUAUCCGGAAUUCCGCAAGAUAUUCAAUUGUUUGAUGUCUUUAGCGAUCAAGUGUCAACCAUUGUACAAACGAGGCAAGAUAUGCCAUUAGAAGACAUAAUAUCUUUACAGGUAGCAUUAAUUAACUUGGCUCAUAAGUGCUAUCCGGAUAGAGUGGAUUAUGUGGAUAAAGUCCUUUUAAAUACUCAUCAAAUAUUCCAAAAGAUUCAUACAGAGACAUUGGAAUAUAACAGCGCCGUUUCAAGAGAGCUCUCGAGGCUCUUGAAAAUACCAAUCGAUAACUACAAAAAUAUUUUGACGGUAUUGAAACUGAAGCAUUACAGACCGCUAUUAAGCUAUUUCGAUUACGAGGGUAGAAAAUUAUUGGCAACCUACAUUGUGACAAAUAUCUUGGACAACGAAACGCUUGUACCAUCUCCUGAGCAAGUGGAUGCAAUUUUAUUGAUGAUUACGCCGCUUAUUCAGGACCAGCCAGACCACACUGUCGAGGAUGAUCCGGAGGAAUUUGCAGAGGAACAGGGCCUCCUAGGCAGGUUGAUACACUACUUCAAGUCAGAUGUUUCGGAUGAGCAGUACAUGAUUCUUAGCACAGCUAGAAAGCAUUUUGUUACCGGUGGUAGUAAAAGAGUGAGAUAUACACUUCCGCCCAUUGUUUUCCAAGCAUACCAAUUGGCAUUUACGUACAAAAAUUUAAAGUCCCAGGACGACAUGUGGGAAAAGAAAUGUCAAAAGAUCUUUCAAUUUUGCCAUUCCACGAUCACGGCGUUAAUUAAAGUUGAGCUCGCCGAAUUACCUCUUAGGCUGUUUCUCCAAGGUGCUUUGGCCAUCGGUGAUAUCAGAUUUGAUAAUUUUGAAAUCGUCGCUUAUGAAUUUAUAAGUCAAGCAUUUUCAAUCUACGAGGAUGAAAUUAGCGAUUCGAAGGCACAAUUUGCCGCAAUAACCUUGAUCAUCGCAACUUUUGAACAAAUAAAUUGCUUUGGCGAAGAGAACGCAGAGCCCGUGAGAAACCAAUGUGCCUUAUACGCGAGUAAACUUUUGAGGAAGCCGGAUCAAUGCCGCGGUGUAGCUACGUGUUCGCACAUCUUCUGGUCUGGAAAGUCCUUGAGUACCGAGGGGAAGGAGAUGCAAGACAAAAACAAAGUGUUGGAUUGUCUUAAGAAGGGAAUAAGAAUAGCAAAUCAGUGUAUGGACAUUUCGGUGCAAGUCCAAUUGUAUAUAGAACUUUUAAAUCAUUACAUAUACUUUUAUGAGAAGGGUAAUACGGCAGUAACCGUACAGAUUUUGAAUCAGGUUAUUUCUAAAAUUAAAGACGAACUGCCGAAUUUAGAAAUAAGCGAGGAAACCGAACAGAUACAAAAGCAUUUUGCGAAUACGUUAGAUCAUUUAAAGAACCGAAUAGAGUCGCCCGAAGCAGAGGGACAACUGUACGACGGACUUGUAUUAUAAGGAAUUCGAAAUGGCAAUAUUUAUGUUAAUUGAGACAAACAAACUAUAUGAUUGACAAUUAAAAAUCCCUUCGCACGCGUCGAUCGGAUUUAUGAGCGAUCAAGCGAAAUCGAAUGCAUUAUUUCACACCAGCUGAAACGAAAUGCUAUCUAUUUGUAAAUUGUGGCUUUUAAUUUUGUAUCGUUAAAUAAUUAUUUUAACGAAUUAUUGUUAUAU